CAGCUUAAAUAAAAGAAAGAACAGAGUUUAUUGAAGCCUAAAUUGGACUACAAGUAGCGUAGUCCUUAACUUGACAUUGUUUGCCAAAGAUUAAUUGAUACAUGUAAAAGCAGUGUAUGCUCUGUAGUAGGAUGAACAAGUAUUGUAGAGGUAUUCGUAUGUCAAUAUUAAGAUCUCACGUCUCGUUCAGUACCUCGUUCGUGGUACGAUUAUAAAUCGAAUACAAUACAUACAUAUUUGACAGAUGCUUAGCAUAGUCGACAACGUCACGUGUGACAGAAAUGUAUGUACAAAUUUCUGUUUAACGUGUUUAAAUAAUUUAAUAUUAUUGAUAUCAUUUUUCUACUAUUUUCGCAUAAUUAACUGAAAUAUAAUGGCUGAUGAACAUGGGCCUCAUAAUGAGGAGAAAGAGAAACAAGAUGAGCAACUUAAUCAAGAUGACAAAAUUCUUCAAAAUGAAGAAACUGAACAGGGAGAAUAUGAAAGUACAGUUGAAGAAUCAAGGAAAAGGGAAUAUUCUGCGCUAGCAGAAGAUGCCAUGUAUGAUGACGAUUAUUCCGAAGCUGAAGAUUAUGGAUACAUGCCUAAAUAUGAAAAGGACUGGACGGAAGCAGUAAAGUCCAUUUCUAGCGAAACCAUAGAUUGGGAAAAGGAAGCAAAGGAAACAGUACGCUUGGACAUAAGUACAUUAAAAGAAAGACGAAGAACGAUUUUCGAUUUAGAUUCUUAUUCCGCUUCCGGUCCAUCAACCAGCGAUCUUCUACGUCUUGCUUCGGUGGAUUAUGUACCCGAAUCACCGAAAGAAAUUCGCUAUUCUGUUUCACUAGGCGCACCAGGUAUAGCAAGGAUCAAUUUGUCGCCUUUAACGCAAAAGGUAGUUGGCUGUGUCAUAGGAGAAAACGUUAGCACCGAGUAUCCUUGGGUAUACGUUCGGAAAGAGAUCAUUGAAGACAAUAUAGAUCUCCACGAAGACAGUAGCGAUUUCCUGCCAAUAAAAAACGAGAUUCGAAUGUUUCCGAAUUCGAAGAUACUAAUCGGUUAUGUUCCAUCGUUAACCGAAGAAGGUCAGUUCUACAUAUGCUUGACGGAGGAUGGCCGAGAUGCUGUGGUCGAAAAAAUUCAGAAACAAAGAGAGGAACAUGAAAAUCGUGUGAGGACCGCCGUCUAUAAACCGUUAGGGAAAUGGCAGGAAUUUAACAGCAGUGUAGAGAUCGAGGCGUCCGUCGUUAAGAAUACUAGACCGCUGUUAGAGAUCGAGGUAAUAGGAACAGCAGAUAUAUUCAAUGCGUCAUUCCAAUUCGAAGACAGAAAAGUAAACGAUGUUAGAGAUGGAUACAUCGAACUUCUUCCUUACCGUCAAAUCUUUGAAAAUAUUCCUCGUAAACUGUUAAGCAAUAUGAUUCAAGUUACUCCGGAUGUUCGAGAUGUGGAAACUCAAACGGCUCUUUCGGUACUUACAAAUUGUUGGGUUCAGUAUAAAUAUGAAUAUAAGUCUCCGGAUAUAUCGAAAUUUACGCCAGAUAAAGUAGAAUCUUUGAGGAGCUUCCUUCAUCGUUUCAGCGACUAUGUGUGCGAUCAAUUGUUGUUAAAUGCUACUUGGGACAUUUACACGAACGAUUAUGGCAAUUUAGUGAGAAACAUAAGAGACACACAGUGGCCGAUACCUGUAAGCUAUGAGGAACACUUGAGCUUUCACGAUGAACAGCACGUGGCUAAUAAAGUCAUCAAUGACCUUUGCUGGCAUCCAUUAUGGACUGGUAUAGCGUUCGCUGCCUAUACGAGCUACUCAAAGAGUCAAUAUCUAAUUGGACCUAAAUCGAACGAGGAGGUAGUUAAGGCUUGCGACAAUAAUUUUGUUCUCGUAUGGUCGUUUAACGAUCGUUUGACACCAAAAUUGGUUCUUGAAUGUCCAAGGGAAGUGACAUCCGUAGCUGUGAGUCCACUAGAUGGAAAUCUGAUCGUAGGUGGUUGCGCAAAUGGCCAGAUCGUACUAUGGCACAUCCCAGGUAAAAUCGAGAAAGUGGAAGCGGUAAUUGUGUAUACAGCGGCUCAAAUCAAGCAUAGAAUCGCGAUAAAGACUUUGACCAUAUGGAUGCAGGAAGUAAUUGGAACGUCCGUAAUCAGACCUACUGCAAUGUCCUCGUUAAAAGAGAGCCAGAAGGCGGCUGUGACUCAGAUUAUAUGGAUUUCUCCGUACGAUCAGCUUGAUUCCAGUGGCAGAAUUACAUCGUUGCCAGAAGACACUAGUGUCAAUGAUUUAUCGUCGCAAUUUGUGUCUGCAAGCGAGGAUGGUACGAUCGCUUUCUGGAACUUGAAGUUAGAUGAAAAAUGGCAGAUGUAUGAGAAGGAGAAAAAGGAGAAAAGGAAAGGGACCGUAAUAAGACCAGAAGCAUUGACAAAGUCGAUAUCUCCGUUUAAAGUACUAGACCGUGUUUUCAAGCCCUAUUAUAUCUUGACAAUCCAACAUCCAAACGAAAGUCGAAACGUAGUAAUAACUACUAUGAGCAUGUAUGCAGCGAAAUUUACGAAAAAACGCACUGACGUUGCUCCAUCAAUGCAAGAUGUAACUAUCCGGAGGUAUUUUGAAAAUGUUAUCAAGAAACCAGAUUAUGUGAUGAAACCGAUGAUACAUAUCGGUACUGUUGAAGGCGAUUUUGGUUGCAUCACGUGGGAAGGAUACGAUUUCACAACAGAUUUAAAUAUUAAUACAGAAAUAUGUCGAUGGUGUUGGUUUAAAAGAAUACACGAUGGUCCUAUAACACAUUCUGUUAGAUCUAGGCUAAAUAGAUCGUGGCUUGCAACCAUAGGUGGCAAAAUAUUCGCUAUUUGGAAAGAGGAUAUUGGUAUACCGUUAUUUUGGAAGAAAUCACAAGUUAGCCUCACUGCUAUUUCUUGGGGUAGUUAUCGCCCCACGAUAGUAAUUCUAACACGAUUAGAUGGUACCGUCGAAUUAUGGGAUUUCAUGGUGAAAACAGAAGAACCAUGCGUCAUGCAGAGUCUGUCAGGUCGCAUAAUUACAGGGAUUUACACACACGAAUUAUAUUUGACUCCACAAUGCGUAGGAUUUUGCGAUUUUAAUGGUAUCUUAAGGAUGUUUCUCGCUCCCGAUGUUUUUUUCAAGAAGGACACCGCUUGUGUAGAAUGGAUGAGUAAUUUUAUCGAACGCCAAGUUAAAAGGGUAAAGAGCUGUAGAGAAUGGUUAAAGAGAUGGACACAAACGGCUUAUAAGGAAAUCGAAGAAAAACAAAGAAAAGCAGAGAAGAAGAAGCAAGAGGAAGAAGAGAAAGCAGUCACCUCUAAAACAAUGGAAGCUGAACCUUUAGUAGAGCCUCUAAAAAAAGGCUUAAAAACAUGGGAAAUGAUUGAAGAAUCACGCGAAAGAUGGAAAACAAGGGAGUUGAAGCACAUGCAGCAAGUGCUUCUGGAGAAGAAAGGUUUAAAGAAAGACGACCUCGAAAGGCAGCGUGAACCUAUUCUAAGAUUACGGCAGGAUGCAGAAAGGAAGAAGAAAAAAUUGCGGCAAACAUUAAAAAUGCAAGAAAGUAUUUUUGAGCACACCAAAAACCUUUUCUUCCCUAAACAUCAGCCAGAGACCAAGCGAAUUUCCGUGGCGCCAGUGCCAGGAAAAAUCGAUAAACCAGUUACUGUGGAGGAUACUAUACUCGAAGAGGAAAUGAUGGAAAUGCAACGAAUUGACCCGAAUGAAGAGAUCAUUUACCAUUUUAUGGAAACGCAGGCUAAAGUGUUAGCGGAUUUACAGAAGCAUCCGUUUCAGCAUUCGUUUAAUUGGGAGAAUAUUCUAAGAAAGAAGAAAACGAUACGCGUCACGAUGGAUACCGAGUUGAAAAAAUUGAACAAAUCGAAGAAGAGAUUCAGCAUAAUCAUAUAAAUGAUAUCUACAAUAAAACAUUAAUUUAACUAUGUAACUAUGACUUAGCAUGAAAAUAUGCAUGACGGCUCAAGAAAUUAGAAAUAAAUUGAUUUUUCUAUCACGUUACCAAGGCAAUGGAGCCUUGCAUAUUCUUGUGACAAAUGAUUAACAAAAUAAAUAUAUGUCGAAAUUUCGAGAGGGUAAAAAAUAAUCGGUCAGUAUUGCCACAACAUCGGUAGGUUUGUGUCAAUCGUGCAUCGUACUUUAUAAAGUGUUUGAUCGUUGUACAACAUUUUGUUAUUUGAAUAUCCGCGUUUUAAUUUUUGAGGAAACAGAUUUUUAAUUAUUUUACAAAAUAGGCCCUAAUUCUAAAAAAGUAGCAAAAUAUCUCAUAGAAAUAAAAAAAAAUGAAAGCCAAGAUGAAUUAUUGUUUGAUGAUUUAUUGGAUGCACUAAAUAACACUUCAGAUGAAAAUGAACUUACUGACGAUAGCAACAUUCUUGAAUUAAGGAGCCUGUAUACUAAAUAGAUGUACAAAAAAAUAUGUAAUAAUAUUUAAGAAUACUUUGUAAAUGUAAAUUUAAAAAGUGCAUAUAUGCAUUAUACAAAAUUUUUUUGGAACGCUCAAAAAUGUGUGGACCCUGGAAGCACGUUGAACGAGCAGAAUGUUGUACGCAAUGUGACUUAGCAUGAAAAUAUACUUAACUUUCAAUGGAAGUAAUCUUAAAAUAUUGUAUUACAAAAAUAAAAUUUUAUUUUAUUUAUUGAAAAUUAAUGUAAAAGAUUAAAAUAAUGUUGAGGUAAAAGUCAAGUUGAAGAAAACAAAUUGAAGAAGAAAACAAGGAUGAAGAAUUGCGCUUUAUUCAACUGCAAGAAACAUUGUUACGUAGAUGAAUUGGGAUUAGAUGAUUCACGUUCACGUAGGUGAACUGAAAAUCAGUGCUUUACAAAUAUAAUAUCCGGUAUUCGUUAUAAGAAGGAUUCAAGCAAACAAAAGAGAGCAAUUUGCGUCGUAGUUGUCUCCAUCUACCAUCACAUACGCUGUAAAUGAUCUUCAAUUUUGUUGUAGAAAAUGGUUGCAAACAAUUUUCAUCUUUACAACAUAAAUAAAAGAUCAAAAGUAAUUUUCUUAAAUUAAUAAGGAUUAUAAACCAAUUAAAAGAUAAUAACAUGUUUUGAGAAUUUAAGGA